UCUGCACGAGUAUUUAUAGCAACUUUUUGAAUCAAUUAUUUUCUCACCAUCAUCUACCACGCACCUUCACACUAAACCGGACUACAUAAAUAGAUGAAGAUAGAAGAUGCGACGACAAUGGUAAGCAGAAUUUUGAAAGGUGACUUCCUCCAAGAAUCGCGGUGCGGUCACCUAUGUUUUCGGAGCGGAGUGACAUCUACAGAAUUAUUAUAAAUGCCUGAUAAUCUGACCAUCUCUGUCUGCGGUGCGGUGUUUACGUUAAAAUUGUAGGAUGAUGAGCAGUGAUUUGGAGCACGUUUCACUCAAUUCAACGACGGCCAGCAACUCCGGGACUGGUUCGGGCGGCCGAGGGCUGUCAGCCAACGUUCGGAAGCUGCACAACGCGCUCAACUUGCUGCUCACUGACUUCGAGAGAGAACAAUUUAUCCACUGCCUCAAUGUUUACCACGCUAAACGCAACGUCUUCGACUUGGUUCAAACUCUCAAAAUAAUCCUCAACACGCCGAACAAACGACAACUCCUCCCCAUGUUGCGUUUGGUCAUUCCCCGCUCAGAUCAGCUGUUGUUCGACCAGUAUACUUCCGAGGGCCUGUACCUUAAAACGGAUCAUCUACCACUAAACAGUGUCAACAACCUUGAAAGCUUUGGAGGAGUAGGCAAUACUGCAAACAACUAUGUCCCAAUUCCCACUACACACUUUAUGAACCCGCAUGAGCCCCAGUUGCCUCAUGAUCUUUCUUGUUUCACAUCACCAGAAGCUUGCCCGUGCCCCGACAGUUUCAGCACCACGGCUGAUGGGACAGCUCCCCUGGCUUUCGUGCAGGGGGAGGCUGUUGGAGAGAUCCGCGAAGUGACACUGAGACGCAGCAAAAGCAAUGAGGGCUUAGGGUUCAGCAUCCGGGGAGGUUCUGAGCACGGUGUGGGAAUCUAUGUGUCGCUAGUAGAACCCGGAUCUUUUGCCGAGAAUGAAGGACUGAGGGUCGGGGAUCAGAUAGUGACUGUUAACGGCAUGCUGUUUGACAGAGUCUCACACAUGGAGGCAGUCAAGGUCCUGAAAGGCUGUAAGAAGCUGGCCAUGUCAGUUUGUUCAGUGGGCCGGAUCCCCGGGGGGUAUGUCAGCAACAACAUUUAUGCCUGGGUGGAUCCUCAUGGCCGCAGUGUGUCCCCUCCCGCCGACCUGGAGCAGCAAAGCACCCUGGGACCACAACACAGCCAGAGAUGUACAGGACACACACAGGAGAAGACAGUAAACCUGAACCUGGACGAUGGUCUCUCUCUGGGCCUGAUGAUCAGAGGAGGGGCGGAGUAUGGCUUGGGUAUCUACAUCACUGGGGUAGACCCCGGCUCAGCUGCAGACCACGGGGCACUCAAGGUGGGCGACCAGUUGCUGGAGGUGAAUGGGCGGAGCUUCGUGGCCAUCCCCCAUGACGAGGCGGUGAGGAUCCUGAAGACGUGUCGUCACCUGCUGGUGAGGGUGAGGGACGUUGGCCGCGUGCCCCAUGCCCGCACCGUGGUGGACCAGACCAAAUGGAUCAGCAGCCCCAUCACCCCUAGCCCACCGCCCAUAACAGAGAGCACCGCCAGCCCAGCCGCUACACGGCCGCAGGCGUGGUCAAGGAUAGCAGUGUUCAGUACAAAAAUCGGGUUCUCGUCUGUUUGUCAAGGUGUGGGGCCCCUGGGUUUCCAGGUGUCUCUGGAGGAGCAGGCCUUCCUGCUGCUGACAGACCCGGAGAGACAGACCAUGGGCUACUACCUGCGGGAGUACCAGGAGGGACAUAUCGGCCUGGAGCCCCUGACCAUGGCCCUGUUUGAGCUCUUCAACACUCGUGCCAAGUUGUCCCUGCUAUCUGAGGUGCGGAGUCAGGUGGCUCCCCAGGAACUGGAGCUGUAUGAUGGCCUGGUGCUGCAUCGCGAGAGGGAGGCUCUGAAGGCCUGGCACGGAGGAAUGGGAUCCCUACACCCUGUGCACCCAUACAGCCGCUGUAUACACGCUGAGCCCUCAGCCAGCCACAGCCACUCCAACCCGGCCACUCUCUGCUCUACCAAGGAGUGCUCACAUGGUGACAUUGUACAGCAAGAUCCAGGGGCAACCACUAAUGUCCUACCUGACGUUACAUUGAAUGAAGUGCAGUCGACAGCUGAGUCUCCUCCGUUCUUCAAGCCUCCUCCUCCCCCCGGACCCGGACAGACCCAGCCCAGACAUCCGAAGGACAGGGAGAGGGAGCAGUCCAAGCGCCUCUUAUCCAGACACUCCCAAUCUGGCCUGGUCUUUACUGCCCCCACCAGGCUGCACCAGGAAUGUCACCACAAACACCUUAAAGCCUUCCAAAGCUUCUCAAACCACCAAACUUCCAACUCCCCUAGCUCUGACCUCCAUCACACCUGUCCCAACCCUGGCCAUCAUAACAGCUCCAACCCUGGCCAUCAUAACAGCUCCAACCCUGGCCAUCAUAACAGCUCCAACCCUGGCCAUCAUAACAGCUCCAACCCUGGCCAUCAUAACAGCUCCAACCCUGGCCAUCAUACCACCCCCAACCCUGGCCAUCAUACCACCCCCAACCCUGGCCAUCAUACCACCCCCAACCCUGGCCAUCAUACCACCCCCAACCCUGGCCAUCAUACCACCCCCAACCCUGGCCAUCAUACCACCCCCAACCCUGGCCAUCAUACCACCCCCAACCCUGGCCAUCAUACCACCCCCAACCCUGGCCAUCAUACCACCCCCAACCCUGGCCAUCAUACCACCUCCAACACUGGCACUGGCCAUAGUGUCUAUCCAAGCUCUGGCAAUGACACAUCCAUGAACUCUCUUCACCACACCUGCCAAAGCUCCCUCCACAUCUCCACAACUACCUCCUCCGACCACCACACCCCCCAAACACAUCACGGCUGCUCCAGCUCUGGCCACCAUUCCUGCCCUGGCUCCCUUCAUCCCAAGCACUCUGGUCCUCAGAACAAGGACACAUUCAUCAAGCUUCCCAUCUUCAGAUCCUGCUCCCAUGAGAAGCCUGUUACCUCCCCUGGUCCCUCCCCAUGUCUCUCUCCCUGUCUCUCUCCCUGUCCCUCCCCUGGUCCAUCCCCAUGUCUGUCCCCCUUUCCCUCCCCCUGUCCUUCACCCUGUCCCUCUCUCUCUGUACUGGGACCUUCCCCAUGUAGUCCAGACAGGUCCUGCUCCCCCUGCUCUCCCUCCCUCAGCCAGGGAGGUUUGUGUGUCAUGGCCGACACACACAGACUGACUGUUGAGGCUAGGCCCGAGCCCCAGCAGAGAGGCACCACAUUGUCCCAGCUGUCAGACAGUGGUCAGACUCUGAGUGAGGACAGUGGGGUGGACAUUGCUGAGGCACGAGGGCUCAGUAAAGACAGCAGUCCUUGGCCAACUAAGAACCAGGCCAGCCAGGCCACACAAGGGCCCCAGGGGGCCCAGGGUUCUGCAGUACUGGCAUCCAAACAGCAGCCUGGCUCUCCAGUGCCCAUACUUACUCUGGUACGUGUGGUAAAGAAUGCCAACACUCUGGGCAUUGCUAUAGAGGGAGGUGCAAACACACGGCAGCCACUGCCACGCAUCGUCACCGUACAGAAGGGGGGCUCGGCACACAGUUGUGGGCAGCUGAAGGUGGGACAGGUGAUUCUGGAGGUGAACGGGGUCUCCCUGAGGGGUAGAGAGCACCGGGACGCUGCUCGCAUCAUCGCUGAGGCCUUCAAGACCAAAGAGAAGGACCACAUUGACUUCCUGGUUACCGAGUUUAACACAGCCCUACUGCAAGGCCUUUAGUGGGGUCGUAUUUAGGCACCACACAGAAGAAAAGAGACUGAAGGGACCACCUGAACAAGAAGGGACCUCCUGAACUAAUGCUUGUUCCCAUUUUCCUGCAGGGGCUUCAGCAGGACGUUGCACUUUAGAGAGCUGGAACAGAUGGAGGAAAGAGAGAACGGAAGGAGGGAGAAGUUUGGAGUGUUGCACCUGGGGACAAAAUAAAGACAAUCCGUUAUUCUCCUGUAAGCCCCUUCUCCCUUCCCACAUUGUUGUCCCUCUAUCCCAAAUUACCAGGCUGGCCAUGUAGUGUUAAAAAGCUCAAAUGCCCGGCAUCCUGCCUUAAGAACCCACCGAUAGAACACACAGUUGAAGUCGGAAGUUUACAUGCACUUAGGUUGGUGUCAUUAAAACUGAUUUUUCAACCACUCCACACAUUUCUUGUUAACAAACUAUAGUUUUGGCAAGUCGGUUAGGACAUCUACUUUGUGCACGACACAAGUCAUUUUUCCAAUAAUUGUUUACAGACAGAUUAUUUCACUUUAUAAUUCACUGUAUCACAAUUCCAGUGGGUCGAAGGUUUACAUACACUAAGUUGACUGUGCCUAAACAGCUUGGAAAAGUCCAAAAAAUUAUAUCAUGUCUUUAGGAGCUUCUGAUAGGCUAAUUGACAUAAUUUGAGUCAUUUGGAGGUGUACCUGUGGAUGUAUUUCAAGGCCUACCUUCAAACUCAGUGCCUCUUUGCCUGACAUGUGAAAAUCAAAAGAAAUCAGCCAAGACCUCUGAAAAAAAAAAUGUAGACCUCCACAAGUCUGUUUCGUCCUUGGGAGUCAUUUCCAAAUGCCUGAAGGUACCACAUUCAUUUGUACAAACAAUUGUACGCAAGUAUAAACCCCAUGGGAUCACGCAGCCGUCAUACCGCUCAGGAUGGAGAAGUGUUCUGUCUCCUAGAGAUGAACUUACUUUGGUGCGAAAAGUGCAAAUCAAUCCCAGAACAACAGCAAAGGACCUUGUGAAGAUGCUGGAGGAAACGGGUACAAAAGUAUCUAUAUCCACAGUAAAACAAGUCCUAUAUCGACAUAAAGGAAAGGCUGCUCAGCAAGGAAGAAGCUACUGCUCCAAAAUAAAAAAGCCAGUUUGCAACUGCACUAAGAUUGUACUUUUUGGAGAAAUGUCCUCUGGUCUGAUGAAACAAAAAUAGAACUGUUUGGCCAUAUUGACCAUUAUGUUCAGAGGAAAAAGGGGGUGGCUUGGCUUGCAAGCUGAAGAAUACCAUAACAACUGUGAAGCACGGGGCUGGCAGCAUCAUAUUUUGGUGGUGCCUUGCUGCAGGAUGGACCGGUGCGAUUCACAAAAUAGAUGGCAUCAUGAGGUAGGAAAAUCAUGUGGCUAUAUUGAAGCAACAUCUCAAGACAUCAGUCAGGAAGUUAAAGCUUGGUUGCAAAUGGGUCUUCCAAAUGGACAAUGACCCCAAGCAUACUUCCAAAGUUGUGGCAAAAUGGUUUAAGGACAAAAAAGUCAAGGUAUUGGAGUGUCCAUCACAAAGCACUGACCUCAAUCCUAUAGAAAAUGUUGGGCAGAACUGAAAAAGCAUGUGCGAGCAAGGAUCCUAUCAACCUGACUCAGUUACACCAGCUCUGUCAGGAGGAAUGGGCCAAAAUUCACCCAAUUAAUUGUGGGAAGCUUGUGGAAGGCUACACAAAACGUUUGACCCAAGUUAAACAAUUUAAAGGCAAUGCUACCAAACACUAAUUGAGUGUAUGUAAAAUUCUGACCCACUUGGAAUGUGAUGAAAGAAAUAAAAGCUGAAAUAAAUAAUUCUCUCUAACAUUUCACAUUCUUAAAAUAAAGUGGUGAUCCUAACUGACCUAAGACAGGGAAUUACUACUAAGAUUAAAUGUUAGGAAUUGUGAAAACUGAGUUUAAAUAUUUUUGGCUAAGGUGUAUGUAAAUGUCCUACUUCAACUGUAAUAGCAUUAAAAAUAACCAUAGAAGAACCCACCAGAAAAGCGUAAUAGAAACUAAGGAUCCACCAAUAGAGCCUAAAUGCAUUGAGAAGAACCCACCAAUAGAAUAAAAAAUAACCCAAGAAGAACCCACCAAUAGAACCUAAAAGCAUUGAGAAGAACCCACCAAUAGAAUCUAAUAUAGUCCAAGAACAACCCACCAAUAGAACAUACUGGAAUUGAGAAAAACCCACCGAUAUAAUCUAAUACAGUGCAUUUGGAAAGUAUUCAGACCCCUUGACCUCUUCCAUAUUUUGUUACAUUACAGACUUAUUCUAAAAUUAAAAAUGUUCAAUCAAUCUCAUUAAUCUACACACAAUACCCCAUAAUGACAAAGCAAAAACAAGUUUUUAGAAAUUGUUGCAAAUUUAUUAAAAACAGAAAUCCCUUAUUUACAUAUUUACUAUGAGACUCGAAAUUGAGCUCAGGUGCAUCCUGAUUCCAAUGAUUAUCCUUGAUGUUUCUACAACUUGAUUCUAGACCACCUGUGGUAAAUUCAAUUGAUUGGACAUGAUCUGGAAAGGCACACACCUGUGUGUAUAUAUAAGGUCCCACAGUUGACAGUGCAUGUCAGAGCAAAAACCAAGCCAUGAGGUCGAAAUAAUUGUUUGGAGAGUUCCGAGGCAGUAUUGUGUUGAGGCACAGAUCUGGGGAAGGGUACCAAUAAAUGUCUACAGCAUUGAAGGUCCCCAAGAACACAGUGGCCUCCAUCAUUCUUGUGUUUGGAACCACCAAGGCUCAUCCUAGUGCUGGCCGCCAGGCCAAACUGAGCAAUCAGGGAGAAGGGCAUUGGUCAGGGAGGUGACCAAGAACCCGAUGAUCACACUGACAGCGCUCCAGAACCUUCCAGAAGGACAACCAUCAGCACUCCACCAAUGAGGCAUUUAUAGUAGAGAGGCUAGCUAGACAGAAGCCACUCUUCAGUAAAAGGCACAUUGGAGUUUGCCAAAAGGUACCUAAAGACUCUCAGACCAUGAGAAACAAGAUUAUCUGGUCUUAUGAAGCCAAGAUUGAUUUUUUUUGGCCUCAAUCAAUCAAAUGUAUUUAUAAAGCCCUUCUUACAUCAGCUGUUGUCACAAAGUGCUGUACAGAAACCCAGCCUAAAACCCCAAACAGCAAGCAAUACAGGUGGCUAGGAAAAACUCCCUAGAAAGGCCAGAACCUAGGAAGAAGCCUAGAGAGGAACCAGGCUAUGAGGUGUGGCCAGUCCUCUUCUGGCUGUGCCGGAUGGAGAUUAUAACAGAACAUGGCCAAGAUGUUCAAAUUUUCAAAGAUGACCAGCAGGGUCAAAUAAUAAUAAUAAUAAUCACAGUGGUUUUCAGCACCUCAGGAGUAAAUGUCAGUUGGCUUUUCAUAGCCGAUCAUUCAGAGUAUCUCUACCGCUCCUGCUGUCUCUAGAGAGUUGAAAACAGCAGGUCUGGGACAGGUAGCACGUCCGGUGAACAGGUCAGGGUUCCAUAGCCGCAGGCAGAACAGUUGAAACUGGAGCAGCAGCACAACCAGUUGGACUGAGGACAGCAAGGAGUCAUCAGGCCAGGUAGUCCUGAGGCAUGAUCCUAGGGCUCAGGUCCUCCGAGAGAGAGAGAGAGAAAGAAAGAAUUCGAGAGAGCAUACUUAAAUUCACACAGGACACCGGAUAAGACAGAUAUAACACACUGACCCUAGCUCCCGACACAAACUACUGCAGCAUCAAUACUGGAGGCUGAGACAGGAGGGGUCAGGAGACACUGUUUGGCCUGAAUUCGAAGCAUCACGUCUGGAGGAAACCUGGUAGCAUCCCUAUGGUGAUGCAUGGGGUUGGCAUCAUCAUACUGUGGGGAUGUUUUUCAGUGGCAGGGACUGGGAAACUAGUCAGGAUCGAGGGAAAGAUGAACGAAGCAAAGUACAAAGAGAUCAUUGAUGGAAACCUGCUCCAGAGCGCUCAGGACCUCAGACUGAGGCGAAGGUUCACCUUCCAAUAGGACAAUGACCCUAAGCACACAGCCAAGACAACGCAGGAGUGGCUUCGGGACAAGUCUCUGAAUGUCCUUGAGUGGCCCAGCCAGAGCCCGGACUUGAACCCGAUCAAACAUCUCUGGAGAGACCUGAUAAUAGCUGUGCAGUGACGCUCCCCAUCCAAUCUGACAGAGCUUGAGAGGAUCUGAAAAUCUGAAAAUAAAAAGUAGGAAAAGUAAAGAUAACUUAAUAGGAAAUGACUCAAGUAAAAGACACCCAGUAAAUACCUACUUGAGUAAAAGUAUAAAAGUAUUUGGUUUAAAAUACACUUAAGUAUCAAAAUUAAAACUAUAAAUCAUUUCAAAUUCCUUAUAUUAAGCAAACCAGCACCAUUUUCUUGUUUUUUAAAUUAAUGGAUAGCCAGGGGCACACCGCACACUCCAACACUCAGACAUCUUUACAAACAAAUAUGCUUCAAAAACCUACUGAGUAAAGGUUCUGAAUAUUUCUGUAAAUGUGAUAUUUCAGUAUAUACAGUAUGUAUUUUUAUAAACAUUUGUAAAACAUUUAAAUGUAUAUAUAUAUAUUUUGCUUUGUCCAUGGAGAACAAGAGCACCUCCUCCCAGCUGCCCAAUGCACUGAGGCUAGGGAACAUGGUCACCACCGAUAAAUCCAUGAUUAUCGAAAACUUCAACAAGCAUUUCUCAACGGCUGGCCAUGCCUUCCACCUGGCUACUCCUACCUCGGCCAACAGCUCCGCCCCCUCCGCAGCUCCUCGCCCAAGCCUCUCCAGGUUCUCCUUUACCUAAAUCCAGAUAACAGAUGUUCUGAAAGAGCUGCAAAACCUGGACCGGUAUAAAUCAGCUGGGCUUGACAAUCUGGACCCUCUAUUUCUGAAACUAUCCGCCGCCAUUGUCGCAACCCCUAUUACCAGCCUGUUCAACCUCUCUUUCAUAUCGUCUGAGAUCCCCAAGGAUUGGAAAGCUGCUGCAGUCAUCCCCCUCUUCAAAGGGGGAGACACCCUGGACCCAAACUGUUACAGACCUAUAUCCAUUCUGCCCUGCCUAUCUAAGGUCUUCGAAAGCCAAGUCAACAAACAGGUCACUGACCAUCUCGAAUCCCACCGUACCUUCUCCGCUAUGCAAUCUGGUUUCCGAGCCGGUCACGGGUGCACCUCAGCCACACUCAAGGUACUAAACGACAUCAUAACCGCCAUCGAUAAAAGACAGUACUGUGCAGCCGUCUUCAUCGACCUUGCCAAGGCUUUCGACUCUGUCAAUCACCAGAUUCUUAUCGGCAGACUCAGUAGCCUCGGUUUUUCGGAUGACUGCCUUGCCUGGUUCACCAAUUACUUUGCAGACAGAGUUCAGUGUGUCAAAUCGGAGGGCAUGCUGUCCGGUCCUCUGGCAGUCUCUAU